CGCGGGAGACACGAGCUGCUGCUGCUGUUAGCUCCGGUUUAGAUUUACCGCCAACAACAAAGAGGAUUUGCAAUGCCCUGUGAAAGGAAGCCGAUGCGCUACGGUCACUCUGAGGGUCACACUGAUGUCUGCUUCGACGAGCACGGCAAGUUUAUUGUUACGUGCGGAAGUGACGGAGACGUGCGAAUCUGGGAAAGUUUGGAUGACGACGAUCCCAAAUCCAUCAGCGUCGGAGAGAAGGUUCAUUCUCUAGCUCUGAGAGGAGAGAAGCUGGUGACCGCGGUGUCCAACAACACUGUUCAGAUCCACACGUUUCCUGACGGAGAUCCUGAUGGGAUCCUCACUCGCUUCACCACCAACGCCAACCACGUCGCCUUCAACUUCAGCGGCACCAGAGUUGCUGCCGGGUCGAGUGACUUCAUGAUAAAGGUGAUCGAAGUGGCGGACAGCAGUCAGCAGAAGACUCUGCGUGGACAUGAUGCCCCUGUUCUCAGUGUAACCUUUGACCCCACUGAUCAGUUCCUUGCCUCGUCAAGCUGCGAUGGUUCAGUGGCGGUGUGGUCUAUAGAAGAACAGACUCAAGUAGUGAGCUGGAAGGUGCUGCAGAGGUCGAGUGAUAUCAGCAAUGCCAAGUCUCUGUGCAGACUAGCAUGGCAGCCACAUUCAGGAAAGCUGCUGGCAGUUCCAGUGGACACGACAGUACAGCUGUACGAGCGCGACUCCUGGACUCACGUCGGUACUCUGUCUGAUGACCUGCUCACCCAGGCCGUCAACGUGGUGGUCUGGUCUCCGUGCGGACGGUUCCUGGCAGCGGGAGCGGUCGGGGGACUCCUCUCGGUCUGGGAUGUUGAAGCCAAGCUGUGCAUCGAGAGACAAAAGCAUGAAAAAGGCUACACGGUGUGUGGCAUGGCUUGGCAUCCAUCCGGGGCACAGAUCGCUUAUACAGACACCGAGGGCUGCCUGAGUCUGCUGGAUGAAGUGUGUGCAGCCUCCUCUACUAAGUCCACGCCCAGCACCAAGAACACCAAGGAUGCCGCGAGUAAGAACCGGGACGGCUAUGACGACCUCUUCGAUGAAGACGACGAUGGUGGCUUGCUGGAUGAAUGUGUAUCGGCAGACGGAGAGGACGAGGACGAUCUCAUGCCAGCUACCGGCAAACCACGCAACAGGCUGAACGUCCUGGACGAUGAUGAGAACUCCCGGGACACGGCUUCGGUGAGGGCGGAUCAUUUGGCCGAGGACGACGCCCAGAGCGACGUCGCGCGCCCCUCCGCGCCGGCCGCCGCGCCUCGUCCGGUCUACGAGGGUCCCGUGCCCACCGCGCCCCAGAGAGCCUUCCAGUCGGGUUCCACCCCCACCCACCUAAUGCACCGUUUCAUGGUUUGGAACUCGGUGGGUAUCGUGCGCAGUUAUAACGACGAGCAGGACAACGCGAUCGACGUGGAGUUCCAUGACUCCGCCGUCCAUCAUGCCAUGCACCUCUCUAACACGCUGGAGCACGGCAUGGCCGAUCUCUCCCAGGAGGCCGUUCUGCUGGCCGGCGAGGGCACGGACGAACUCGCCAGUAAGCUGCAGUGCCUGCACUUCUCGUCGUGGGACACCAGUAAGGAGUGGAUGGUGGACCUGCCCAAGGGCGAGGACGUCCGGGCGCUGUGCCUCGGUCGGGGCUGGGCGGCGGCGGGUACCAGUGCCAUGCUGGUGCGCCUCUUCUCUAUCGGCGGAGUGCAGAGAGAGGUUUUCAGCCUGCCGGGACCCGUCGUGUGUAUGGCCGGACACGGCGAGCAGCUGCUCGUAGCGUAUCACAGAGGUACUGGCUUUGACGGAGAUCAGGCCCUGGGGGUGCAGCUGCUGCAGCUGGGGCGCAGGAGGAAGCAGAUCGUCCGCGGUGAGCCGCUCCCCCUGUCCCGCAGAUCCCACCUGACGUGGCUGGGCUUCAGUGCCGAGGGGACGCCGAGCUGCGCGGACUCGCAGGGCACGGUGCGCAUGCUGAAUCGCUCGCUGGGAAACACGUGGACCCCCGUGUGCGACACCAGUGAGAGCUGCAAGAGCAAGUCCGAUCGUUACUGGGUGGUCGGGAUCCACGAGGACCCGCAGCAGCUCAGAUGUAUCCCCUGCAAAGGAUCCGUUUUCCCCCCGACCCUCCCUCGCCCGGCUGUAGCCGUCCUGCCCUUCAAACUGCCCUUCUGCCAGACCAGCACGGAGAAAGGACAGAUGGAGGAGCAGUACUGGCGCUCUGUGAUCUUCCAUAACCACUUUAACUUCCUCUCCUCGAGCGGAUACGAGGUCGACGAGGAGAAUCGGAGGCAGCAGGAGAAGGAGCAGCAGGAGCUCCUGAUGAAGAUGUUCGCAUUAUCCUGCAAGCUGGAGCGCGAGUUCCGGUGCGUGGAGCUGGCGGAGAUGAUGACGCAGAGCGUGGUCGCCCUGGCCAUCCGCUACGCCUCGCGCUCCGGGCGCAUGCUUCUGGCCCAGCGGCUGAACGAGCUGGCGCUAGAGAAGGCCGGCGAGACGCGGGAAGACGCCGAGCCCGAGGAGGAUCCGUCCUAUCGCACGCCAGCGCAAGACACCGGGUUCAGGCAAGCCAGCAGAGCUCAGAGACACUCGAGCAGCAGAGCAGCGCAGGAUGACGAGGAGGAGGAGGAGGAUGCAGGAGAGGAAGAGGACGCACUGGAAGAACCGAUGGAAGCAGAUGAAGAAGCAGAAAGCAAAAAGCCACGUUUAAACCCGUUCAGUAAAGGCACAAAAUCACCUGAGAAACCUUCACCUAAACCAGUCAGUAAAGACGGGCGAGUGAACCCCUUUAAGGUGAGCGGACCGGUCAAGCAGGCGGCUUCUCCCUCACUGCAGCCCAGAUCGGUUAACGUUCUGGACACCAUGACGGCAUCCAACAGAAAACUCUCGGCUCCGGCUAAAGCUCCGGUACUGAAACCUCUGGCACCGAAACCGCGCUCCAAGGCUCAGGCCACUCUGCUGCAGAUGAGCGCUAAGAAAGGAGCGGCUAAGAAACGGGAGGAGAGAGAGGCUGAGAAAGCUGAGAAACCGGCCGCUGGGGACGGCGUGGAGAACACCAGACCCAAGACUGGUUUCCAGAUGUGGAUGGAGGAGAACAGGAAGGGCAUUCUCGCUGACCAUCCUGACCUGGAGGAGACCGAGAUCAUCAAAGAGGCCAUGAGCCGCUUCCGUACCCUCUCGGCCGAGGAGAGACUGACGUGGACGGAGAGAGCGAAGGGCUCGAGCGGAGACGCCGCCGACCCCAAGAAGCGGAAACGGGACGACGGCGAGGACGACGGCGGGCGGGACGAGACGGACGAGAGCAGCGCUAAAAAGAAAAAAGCUCCGGGCGCGUCGGCUAAGCUCUCGGCUUUCGCCUUCAACAAGAGUUAAACCCGCCGAUUAGAGCGAUUAUUAUUAUUAUUAUUAUUGUUUUGAAUUCUGUACGUGCUCGUUAUCAUGUAGAUCCUGUUUGUGUGAGAUUCCUGUGUGCCUGGCGCAGGUCGGUUUGUUGAGAGCGUGUGUGGUGGAGGAGACGCGCUCCUGGAAAUGUUCAGAUCUGUAAUUUGUGAUGGAUUUUUGUAGAUAUUUUUGUGAACUGUUAUUAUGUGUGAUGUAUGUGAAACUAAAAACGAAUAAAAUACCACGUUUUACCUUUUAUUAA